AUGAAAGUUACGUCGAAAACUACAGCAGCUAAUUCGACCAAUCGGAUUAGUGCAUUAGACAGACUCAGCAUGCCAACACCUAACAAUAAUAAUAAGCAAAUUCAUCAACGUCUAAGUGUACCAACAAAUCGCAUGAUUACAGAUGCACGACAAUUAUUAACAAAUCGAAAUACACCAAUAUUUGAUGCUCGACAAUUAUUAAGUCGACAAUCAUCAAAAACUUCUAAUACUUCUCUAAUAAUGCAAAAAGACUUUAUACAAACUGAAGAAGAUGAUGAUAAUGAACAAUAUGAUGAUGAGCAAAAAGCAGAAUAUAUCAGUAGUUUUAACAAUACUCGAUUCGUUGCCGAAACUCCAGAUUUUUCAUUCGAAAAGAAGAAUAACACUUUUGUGACUUUUCAGAAACCCAAGUCAACUGAAUCAAUUUCUUUUACUAAAACAAUCACAAACACAUCAUUCCAACGUGAAGAUGAUGUUCAUCGGUUUCAAGCUCACAACACUCACUUAUCUUCAUUCGACAAAAAAGUUAGUAUCAGUGUUGUAAAAGAUCAAUCCCGCAAAAGACCUAAAUCACCAUCGCCAACUUCACCUUCACCUCCUCCAAGAAUCAGACGUUUACAUGAUGCUUCAAUUCAAACAACACAGUCAUCAUCUUUAUCUCGAUCACCAAUUCCGAUCAAUUCUCAUCGACGACAUUUAGAUGAAUAUGAUGAUCAUUACGAACCACCAAUAAAACGUAGUUCUUCACGACAUACAACAAUAGACAAAGAACAACAAGAUCUAUCUACAGUAUUAAAAAAUUCUCUAAGACGAACAUCGACCAAGACAUUUGAUAAUACACAAACAAAACAAAAGACAUCAAUACAAUCGAAUUCAGAUGCUACAACGGUCUUAGUAACAAAUCUUCAACCAUCAGUUACAGAAGAUGAUGUUAUUGAAUUAUUUAGUGAAGUUGGUCAUAUUGAUGAAAUAAUAACAUUAAGUCAUGGUUGUGUUCAAAUUGUUUAUUCAAACCAUGCACAUGCGGAAGAAGCAGUUGCUAAAUAUCAUAAUCGAUUAUUAGAUGGGCAAUUAAUUUAUGUUAGCCUUCAACAACUACCAUCUUAUUCAACAAAAUCAUCCAAAAAUUCUUCAUCAUCACGAUAUUCCAAACCAACAGCAUCGAAAGACAAGAGUUCAUCACAAUCAAUUAAUGAUAAUGAAUGUUUAAAAUCAAAUUCAAAUAAAAUUGUUAUUGAUCCUACAUUUAUGCGCCAAGCUCUAUUCUAUCCGUCCAAUAAUCCAACAAAUCCUGUACAAUUUCAAGUGAAACUUUAA